AUGACGUGGCAGUGCCACGUGUGCGCAUCGCCAUGCGACGGCCGCAUUCGUUGCGGCGAGUGCGGCGUCGUCAUUUACUGUAGCAGGCGACACCAGGUGCGUGCCGUAGAGCAAGCAGCGGCGAGGGCCCGCUGGCGCAGCGGGAGAUGGCUUGCGCAGCUGCGCGGAACCAGCCGCGCCAUUCGCCCGUUCGCCCCCAGCCCCUGGUCCUUCACUGCCAUGCCCGUCAAAGCCCUCGCGGCCCACUGGCGGCAGCACUCCCAGGAGGGGGAGUGUGCUCGCUUUUCACUGCAGCUGCAGGGAGCACCGGCUGUGCUGGACCUGCCCUUCCCCUUCCUGCACAAUGGCAUUGCCCAUGCCUAUCAUGUGCCUAUCAUGUGCCUAUCAUGUGCCUAUCAUGUGCCUAUCAUGUGCCAAUCAUGUGCCUAUCAUGUGCCUAUCACGUGCCUAUCAUGUGCCUAUCAUGUGCCUAUCAUGUGCCUAUCAUGUGCCUAUCAUGUGCCUAUCAUGUGUCUAUCAUGUGCCUAUCACGUCUAUCAUGUGCCUAUCAUGUGCCUAUCAUGUGCCUAUCAUGUGCCUAUCAUGUGCCUAUCAUGUGCCUAUCAUGUGCCUAUCAUGUGCCUAUCACGUGCCUAUCACGUGCCUAUCAUGUGCCUAUCAUGUGCCUAUCAUGUGCCAAUCAUGUGCCUAUCAUGUGCCUAUCAUGUGCCUAUCAUGUGCCUAUCAUGUGCCUAUCAUGUGCCUAUCACGUGCCUAUCAUGUGCCUAUCAUGUGCCUAUCAUGUGCCUAUCAUGUGCCUAUCAUGUGCCUAUCAUGUGCCUAUCAUGUGCCUAUCAUGUGCCUAUCAUGUGCCUAUCAUGUGCCUAUCAUGUGCCUAUCAUGUGCCUAUCACGUGCCUAUCAUGUGCCUAUCAUGUGCCUAUCACGUGCCUAUCAUGUGCCUAUCAUGUGCCUAUCAUGUGCCUAUCAUGUGCCUAUCAUGUGCCUAUCAUGUGCCUAUCAUGUGCCUAUCAUGUGCCUAUCAUGUGCCUAUCAUGUGCCUAUCAUGUGCCUAUCAUGUGCCUAUCAUGUGCCUAUCAUGUGCCUAUCAUGUGCCUAUCACGUGCCUAUCAUGUGCCUAUCAUGUGCCUAUCACGUGCCUAUCAUGUGCCUAUCAUGUGCCUAUCAUGUGCCUAUCACGUGCCUAUCACGUGCCUAUCAUGUGCCUAUCAUGUGCCUAUCAUGUGCCUAUCAUGUGCCUAUCAUGUGCCUAUCAUGUGCUAUCACGUGCCUAUCACGUGCCUAUCAUGUGCCUAUCAUGUGCCUAUCACGUGCCUAUCACGUGCCUAUCAUGUGCCUAUCACGUGCCUAUCAUGUGCCUAUCACGUGCCUAUCAUGUGCCUAUCAUGUGCCUAUCACGUGCCUAUCAUGUGCCUAUCACGUGCCUAUCACGUGCCUAUCAUGUGCCUAUCACGUGCGUAUCAUGUGCCUAUCAUGUGCCUAUCAUUUGCACAUCAUGUGCACAUCAUGUGCCUAUCAUGUGCCAAUCCCUCCCUCUCCCACCCUCCCCGCCCUUUUGCAUGCUCCUUCCCUUUGCCUGUGUGCUGCAAGCGGGGUGCAGGUGGAGCAGGGGCGACACACCAUGUGCUCCUUCCUCUCAUCCCUCCACCUGCAUGCCCGGGGUCCCUACGCUGCCCUCUGCGGCUGCUCACCCCUUCCAGAGCUUCUGCCCGCCACUGACGAGCGCCAGACUGCUCCACGCGCGCCCAGCAGUCCAUUAAUCAACUCCGCAUCUUGUGCUGCGUCCCCACCCACGACCCCUAUGGCCCUGCGGGGUCACCCCACGCUGCUCCCCGCCCUCCCGCCUCUGCCCUUCUCUCUGCUCUCCUGGCGCCACUACUACCUCUGGAGGGGCCUUCCCCUCCACUCGCCCGCUGCUCUGCUGCUGCACACGCCGCUCACCAUCCUCCUCGCCCUACACCUGCUUCUCCAGCCCGUCCCACCGCCUCCUCCUCCCCUCCCUGUCACCAAUCAAUUCCCGGGGCACACAUCUUCAGAAGCUGACGCGUUCUCAGGGACUGACGCGCCUUCAGGCAUUGCAGCUGGGAGGGAGCAGAGAGGGGAAGCGGAUCAGAGCCGAUGUGCAGAGGGGCAGCAGCAGUGCCAGCGGUGUGGGAUGAGAACUCGCCCCUCUCUCUGCAUCCACGUGCUUGGGGCGGACAGGGAGGCUCAAGAGGCGGCAGCACUGGCAGAGCUGAGAGUGCUGCUGCCUGGAAUGGACACGUGUGUGCACCUCAUUGGCCCCAACAUUUCCACGCACAUGCACGGCAAGCGCAUUCUCCUACAGCAUCCUCCCGCCUUUGAGCCUUGCGAGCCACACCCUGCCCAACCACAACCUGCCGAACCACAACCUUUCGAGCCACAACCGGCCGAGCCACAACCUGCCGAGACACAACCUGCCGAGCCACAACCUGCCGAACCACAACCUGCCGAGCCACAACCAACCGAGCCACAACCUGUCGAACCACAACCUGCCGAACCACAAUUCGCCGAGCCACAACCACCAGAAACAGCAAGCAUUGCAGCAGGCGUGGCAGUGCACUUCCACCGAGGCCUCUACCACCACGUGCUGCCCUCCCUUGCCUGCUCACCACUCGCUCCUCCCCAUUCUUCUGAGCUCGCCAACCCUCCCACCACUACUGCAGUGUGCCCCUGCACCUCACUGCACCACUCGCAGCACGCAUCACCUCUCCAUCACAGCGACCAGCUGCAGCAGCUGUCCCAUCGCCACCACUCUCAUCGCGGGCUACAGCCACGACGAAGCACAGAGAGCCAAGGGGGCAAGGAGGCAGGGAGGCGCCACAGGAAGCACAACCAGUCCGUCCUGCCCCAUUCCUCUUUCCACCAGACCCUCAUGCUGCGCCAGAGGCUGCCAGCGCUCAUCACGGACUUCAGCCACGAGGCAGCAGAGCGAGCCAGAGAGUCAGGAGGCGCCUCAAGGCAUGGGAAAGGGGGAGGGAGGGGCUGCACCACCCGCUCCCUCCCCAUCCGGUCAUUAUCGUGCUGCCUUGUCUUGUCCCUCUGCUCCAUCUCUCCUCUCCUCUCCCGUCAGGUCGUCAUGCUGCAGCACGUGCUGUCAGCACUCGUCACAGAUUUCACCCACCAGGCAGCAGCAGAGAGAGCUCCUUGCCAGACCCUCAUGUCUCGGCCCUCUCCGCCCCACCAGGUCCUCAUGCUGCGUGGGGGGCUGCCAGCUCUCAUCACGGACUACAGCCACGAGGCAGCACAGCAAGCCGGGGAAAAAGGGAGGCGGUCCUCAUGCUGCACAGUGGGCUGCCAGCCAGCACUCAUCAUGGUCUACAGCCACGAGGCAGCACAACAAGCCGGAGAGGCAGGGAGGCAGCACAGCCAGUACUCACAGCACCGUGCUGCCUCGUCCCUCUUCUCCCAUCAGGUCCUCGUGCUGCACAGUGGGUUGCCAGCCAGCACUCAUCAUGGUCUACAGCCACGAGGCAGCACAACAAGCCGGAGAGGCAGGGAGGCAGCACAGCCAGUACUCACAGCACCGUGCUGCCUCGUCCCUCUUCUCCCAUCAGGUUCUCGUGCUGCACAGUGGACUGCCAGCCAGCGCUCAUCACAGGCUACAGCCACGAGCCAGCAGAGAGAGCUCCUUGAUAGACCCUCAUGCCUCGUCCGUCUGCCCUCCCCCUCCGCCAGGUCCUCAUGCUGCAGCACAGGCUGCCAGCGCUCAUCACGGACUUCAGCCACGAGGCAUCACUGCGGGCUGCACCAUGUGCUCCCUCCCCUUCCUCCCAGCCCUCACAUCAUCUGCUACCUCGUCACCCUCCCCUCAAGUCCUCAUGCUGCGUGGGGGCUGCCAGCGCUCAUCACGGGCUCCAGUCCUCAUGCUGCAGCACAGGCUGCCAGCGCUCAUCACGGACUUCAGCCACGAGGCAGCAGAGAGAGCUCCUUGCUAGAUCCUCAUGCCUCGUCCGUCUGCCCUCCCCCGCCUCAUCAGGUCCUCAUGCUGCGCUGUGGGCUGCCAGCGCUGAUCACGGACUACAGCCACGAGGCAGCAGAGAGAGCCCGCGAGGCGCUCUGCUCGCUGGCUGUUGACGUGCAACUGGACCUUCGUGCCUCGCCCCCCUAA